UGGGAGGAACCAGUCACAUGGAUGGUUAAAUGGCAAUAUUCUUCGCGCCUUAAUUUUUCAUCACUGCCACAAUCUAUGUUGACAAAGAAAGGCUUGAGAAUUGAUAAAGAAGUCGAGAGGGUUGAUAAGCUAGUACGCAAAAGAUGUCAAAAUCAAUUCCAACCAAAUCUAAGAAAAAUAUGAACUUGGCACCUGACGGCUCAAAGCAAUAUCAGCGAACCUUGAAAAAUUAUUUCACCAGCAUUUCAUCCAAAAAAAUUGGACCUGGAGGGGACAAUAGAUUGCCAAAAAGCAAUGCUGAUGAAAAUAUGGUCAAAGAUUGCAGAGAAAAUGUAACAACUAGUGUCAUUCCUAUAAGCUCUCACGAAAUCAAGCAGCCACAGUCCGCGCCAGAGGCAUUGAAAGAGAAACCAUUAAUUCCUCAAAGAGACAUUUCACAGACUAAUUCGCCUGUGAAAAAGAAAAUUAAAUUGGACAGCGAUGCUGAUAAUAAAUGCACCCAAAAUCAGAGUUUGGAAAAAGAAGUCAGGUGGCAGCAAGUGGAGGCUGAAUUAAAGGAGGUUGCUUCGUUGAUGGACGAUAUGUCAGACUUGGAAUUUUUCAGUGAAGAUGAAAUUGAGUCGAGCGGCGACAAACUCAAAAUUAGUGCAGAAGAACUGGAUCUCUCUUCAAUUCAGAGGUGCAUAGUGUUCAGUGUGGAAGCUGGCCCAACUGGAACUAAACUUGUUCAGCUGUCAUCAUUUAGCAACAAAGAUCUCACAGCAACUUGCUCAAUAAGUGGCUCUUGGGCUUGGGAAAGUGACCUGAGUGAAAGCAGCAUAAUCAAUGUGAGAGCAUUGAAGACAUCAGGCCAGUGGAUGGUUUUUGACGACCCAAGUGACUAUUGCAUGCUGGUUGAAGAGCCAGAUCUGCUGCUCAGCUGCACAACCGUUAUGUCGGCUCUCCGUUGCAGAAGGGCCGCCGUUCUCUCUGAGCUGUUCAAGGGUCUUGGGAUGGAAGACCGAGGGGGCUACCUUGCCCUUGGCAAGCUCAUGCAUGAAGUCACUCAACAGUGUUUGUCAGAAAAAGUGCAGUCUCAGUACUCUGUGGAGCAGAUCUUUGAGUCGUUGCUGAAAAAUCCUAGGAUAAUUUUUGACUUAUAUUCAAUGCAAAACGACCUAGUAAAACUGAGGGAAGCAGCGCAACCCUACUUUAGCAGCAUUGCAAAGUUUUUGGAGCAACACGCUUCUCCUGGAAACUUCUUGAGCAGUGACCUGCUCUCUGAAUCCUCUAAACGAGGAAGUGACGUUUGGCCGGGCAAAAUCCAUGAAAUUACAGACAUUGAGGACACAAUUUGGAUGCCUCAGUUUGGUCUGAAGGGAAAGCUUGAUUUGACGGGCUCGGUUAAACAUCAAAAGAAUAUGAACAAUCACUAUGACGUUCCUUUGGAGCUGAAAACUGGUAGAAUGGACACAGAUCAAGUGUCUCACAGGGGCCAACUAAUCCUGUAUACAGCCAUGAUGGCAGAGGCUGAUAAAAAACCAGUUGAGCAUGGACUGCUCGUCUAUUUGAAGGGCUGUGCGGUCAAAGAAGUGCGAGCAAACAGUGGUGAGAUCAGGGAUGCGAUCAUCCUCCGUAAUGAAUUAGCAAAAGCGAUUAGGGGAAGACCAGAGAUUUUGGUAGAUGAUGAGAGCAACCCUGAGAAGAAAUACUUGAAACCAGCCAAGUUGCCAGCUCCUAUAAAGAGACCGAGGGAAUGUGUCAGAUGUCCUUAUUUUGAGGUGUGCACGGCAUACUCUACAAAGGAAGAUUAUCACAGUCCAGUGCAGCAGGAGAGGCUGAAAGAGCGCAAAGAAAACUUGACUGAGAGUCACAUCAACUACUUCAUUCACUGGGUGUGCCUUACACAACUCGAGGAACAAGACUGCGUGGUCAAUUUGGAGGCUCUUUGGACCAAAUCCCCUUCUGAGAGAGAAUUAGAGAAAAAAGGCUGCAUCAGUGACCUGGACAUUAAGUCGUGUGUCAAGGACGACCUACAGUUCAUCACCACCCUGGUUAGAUCAGAGAAUGCCAAGUGCAAUGGAAAUUUAUGCUCCGCAGGACUUAGAGCUGGUGAUUUUGUUGUGUUUGGAAACAAGCAGAGAAUUGUCCUCAGUCUUGGCACAAUCAGGAGUGUCACUAAUGACAGUGUUGAACUCGUUGUGGACAAAGACUUUUCCAAACGAUAUGGAACCAAAAACUACUCCCUGGACAUGUACAAAUCCAACAAGAUGCUCACCACAAAACUGGUUUCCCUUGCAAGUCUAUUAGCUGAUGAUGACAAUGCUUUUAAGCUAAGACAGCUUGUCAUUGAUAGGAUUGAACCAAAAUUUGUGGAAGCUGACUUUUCACACUUGUUUAAAACCAUACCAGAUGUGCUUGAAAAGCUAAAUGAUGACCAGAAACUGUGCGUGCAGAAAGUGCUAGAGGCCCAGGACUAUGUCCUCAUCCAAGGCCUCCCCGGAAGUGGGAAAACGUUCACCAUAGUUGCUCUUAUAAGAAUACUGGCUACUCUUGGCUUCUCAGUCCUGGUUACCAGCCACACAAAUUCUGCUGUUGACAAUGUCUUGUGUCGCCUUCUUCCCUUUAACCUCAACAUAUUACGCCUCGGGGCUUCCAGCAAGUUUGCGCCUGGUCUCAAAGAGCACACAGAAGCUGCCCUGACAGCUAAGGCAUCUAAUAUCAGCGAGUUAGAACUCCUUCUUCAAGAAAAGAGUAUCAUUGGCGUGACAUGCACAAGUGCCAACCAUCCAGUUCUGAAGCGCCGGCUCUUUGAUUACUGCAUCAUUGAUGAAGCAACUCAGGUGCCGCAACCAUCUGCGAUCUCCGCUUUGCUGCGGGCCAAGCGGUUCGUUCUGGUAGGUGACCCUGCUCAGUUACAACCCGUGGUCACCAACAAGGACGCUAAGGCGCUAGGAAUGGAGGAGACAAUCUUUGAGCGACUCCAGACUACACAGAACACUGCCAUUCUUGGUCUACAGUACCGCAUGAACGCUUCAAUCUGUGACUUGGCCAACAAGAUCACAUACAAGGGAGCACUCAAGUGUGGCAAUGACAAAGUUGCGAAAUCAACCUUCAAACUACCCAAUCCAGCUGUGCUAGAGGCGGCUAAGUCCUGGGUGAGGAAAGUUUUGUGCCAUCAUAAUGGAGUAGUCUUUUUGGACACUGGUAAAACUAAAAUUGGGACCAAUCCAGAAGAUAAGAGUGAAGAUGUUUCUAACUUAAAAGAAGCUAACCUUGUCACUGCUAUCGUCAACACAAUGAUCAAGGGCGGCAUCUCGAGUCAGGAUAUUGGCGUGAUGACCCCAUUCAGAAGACAAGUGGCAGUCAUCUCAUCUUGCAUGCCAAUUGACGACCUCGACAUUUCAACGGUCGACCAGUUUCAAGGAAAGGACAAAGAAGUCUGUCUCAUUUCAUUUGCGAAGUCCUUUGAUGAAAAUUCAGACAAUGUCAAGAGAGGUGGGAUUUUGACUGAUUUCAAGAGACUUACUGUAGCGAUCACAAGAGCUAGGGUGAAACUGAUUUUGGUUGGUGAUUUUACUUCGCUUGUGUGUUUUGAACCACUGCAAAAGCUCAAAGAUGCCAUUGGAGAAAACAAUAUAGUCAGUCUGGAUCAGAAGGCUGAUUUUUGAUAGGUUUCUUUGCUGAAUUAUAUUUUUCUACUUAAUAAAUUUGAUCUUUAA